AUGGCAGCUUGUGGCAAUAUUUGUGAUAUGAGGCUUGUUCUCCCUGUUUAUGCCAACAGGUAUGUGUGCUUGGGUGGCAGUUCCAGUUCCACCCUGUCUGAUGGUUCCCAUGGCUACCUCUGUCCCGCUGGCCAUAGCUGUCCUGUUGGCUCUGCAAGUGAGGUGCCCUGUGAGCCUGGCACUUACAGUCCUGCGCCUGGAGCAGCCCACUGCAUAAUUUGCCCCAAAGGGACCAUGUGUUCCUCCUCAGCCACUCAAGAGCCGUCUAUAUGCCCAGCUGGUCAUUUUUGUCCUGCUGGGACUGCCCUGCCUCAGCCCUGUCCUAUAGGGACUUUCAGCACCCAGCCGGGAGCCCACUCUCUGUCUGUCUGCACACCUUGUCCCUCUGGAGUAUACUGUAGCUCAAAUGGAGCCUCAUCACCACAAGGUUCUUGUUUGCAGGGUUAUUUCUGCCAAGGUGGCGCCACGGAGCCAACACCGCAAAGCUCUGACAACUUCCCCCGGAAUGGCCCGUGCCCCGUGGGCCACUACUGUCCAGCGGGGUGCCUCUCCCCAAUUCCAUGCCCUCUUGGCAGCAUUCGCAACACCAACGGAGGUGUGUCCAUGGAGAGCUGCUCUGCCUGUCCUGCAGGUCACUAUUGCGCCACUGAAGGUCUCGCAAACCCCAGUGGCCCCUGUGCUGCUGGUUUCUACUGCCCAUUUGACUUCUCUUCAACCACUCCAUAUGCCUUCCUCUGUCCCAAGGGCCACCACUGUCCAGAAGGCUCUGCCCUGGCCCUGCCUUGUCCCACAGGAGAGUACCAGCCAAACCCUGGCUCAGAUAACUGCAUCCCAUGCCGACCUGGAUUCUACUGUGAGGAGGCCAUAGUGGGAGAGCCAUGGCCCUGCCCACCACACUCAUUCUGCCCUGCAGGCACCAUGGUGCCUCAGCCCUGUCCUAAUGGAACAUAUACUCAUUCAAGCCAUGGAGGGCUACAAGACGAGAGAGAGUGUUUACCCUGUCCUCCAGGAAAGUUCUGCAGGGCUGGUAGGAUCCAGGGUAUGUGUGCUGCUGGGUAUCUUUGUGUUUCUGGGAGUGCAGAUUUCACCCCUCUUGGACCAAUGUCUAACUUGACCCAGUGCCAAUGGGGCAUGCAGUGUGCUGGACUGUGUCCACCAGGUUUUUACUGUCCUGAGGGCGCAGAGGAGGCUGAAUUGUGUCCUGCAAACACUGUCAGAAGCUCCCCAGGAGGUACCAGCCUACAGGACUGUUUACCCUGCCCACCUCAGCAUUGGUGUAAACCUGGAGACCAAAUCCUUCAUCCCUGUCCGGUUGGUCAUUACUGUGAUGGUCUGCCUGGCAGUGACUUCAGUGGAGGGACAGGACCCAGGCCAUGUCCUCUGUACACCUAUCGAGAUUCCCCUGGAGCAGGCAGCAAGGGGGACUGCCUGCCGUGCCCUCCUGGCUCACACUGUAACAGCACAGGGCUUACAGACUACUCCAACAGUCCCUGCCCACCUGGUUUCUGGUGCAGUGGGUCUGGACCCCCCAUCUUCUGCCCAGCAGGUACCAAAAGGCCCCUUCCUGGAGCUGCUGCACCCAGCCAGUGUGAACCCUGUGCAGGGGGUACCUUCUGCCCAGAUCCUUGGGCUACAGGAAAACCCAAUGUGGAGGGAAUCCCCUGCAGGGCCUCUUAUCAAUGUCCUAUGGAGCAUAAUGAUGUUCUGCUGUAA